UAUAAGCAGCUGAUUCCUGCACGUCACUCUGUUCAAUCAAUUUCUUUAUUUAAUUUGUUUUGAAUUGAUAAAUCCGCAUUUAUUUGUAUCCUUUUUGUAAAUUCGAACUCGAAAAUGCACGGAUCUCCGACUUCCCAGGCUGACCCUCGCAGGCCCGACAAAAUUGUGAGGUACAAGGCGCCAGCGCCACUAACCCAGGCCUCAGGUGCCGCCCCUGGGGAGGAUCUCACCCCCGACUACAUGAAUAUUCUCGGCAUGAUUUUCAGCAUGUGCGGCUUAAUGAUGAGGCUCAAGUGGUGCGCCUGGGUGGCCCUGUACUGCUCGUGCAUUAGCUUCGCCAACUCGAAGGUUAACGACGACACGAAGCAGAUCCUGUCAAGUUUCAUGUUGUCCAUCUCGUCUGUGGUCAUGUCCUACUUGCAAAACCCCACCCCAAUGGGUCUGCCGUGGGCGACGGCAUAAAGAAGAAAAAUCACAAUCCACCUUAAGAAAUAACUUUGGUGGACAAAAAUUGUUUGUUUAAAUGUAAGCAUUGUUAAGUUGAUAGUGUGGAAAGAAAAGUCACUGCUGGAACUGCACCGAGUAUCCGCCAGCUUCGUUCGGGGUCAUCUUGAAGUUGUCCGUGGAAAGAUUGAACGGACGAAGAAUCAUGUUGCCCAAACUCUUUAAUUUGUCUAAAAAUUGAAAUGCUAAAAUUAAUAAAGAUUUUUCAUUCCUGAAAAAGUAAAGAUAAAAAAUUUAAUGAAGUGCGUAAUUAUUU